CCCGGUCGGCCAGCGUCGUCGCCCACCGCCUGCCCAGCCCCCCCCCCCGCCCCCGGGGACCCAGGCUCGCCAGCGCGCGCAGCGGGGAGCCGGCCGGGACGCGCCAUGGGGGGCCCCUCCGCCCUGCCCCUGCUACUGCUCCUCGCCAGCUGCGGGGCGCCCGGCGGGGCCAACCUCUCCCAGGACGGCUACUGGCAGGAGCAGGAUUUGGAGCUGGGAACUGUGGCUCCACUCGGCGAGGCCAUCAGCUCCACAGUCUGGAGCAGCCCUGACAUGCUGGCCGGUCAAGAUAGCCAGCCCUGGACGUCUGAUGAGACAGUGGUGGCUGGUGGCACCGUCGUGCUCAAGUGCCAAGUGAAGGAUCAUGAGGACUCAUCCCUGCAGUGGUCUAACCCGGCCCAGCAGACUCUCUACUUUGGGGAGAAGAGAGCCCUCCGUGACAAUCGGAUCCAGCUGGUCAGAUCUACUCCGCACGAGCUCAGCAUCAGCAUCAGCAACGUGGCGCUGGCGGACGAGGGCGAGUACACCUGUUCCAUCUUCACCAUGCCCGUGAGGACCGCCAAGUCCCUCGUCACCGUGCUCGGAAUCCCACAGAAGCCCAUAAUCUCUGGCUAUAAGUCAUCAUUACGGGAAAAAGAAACAACCACCCUAAACUGUCAGUCUUCUGGAAGCAAGCCUGCAGCCCAGCUGACCUGGAGGAAAGGUGACCAAGAGCUCCACGGGGAACCGACCCGCGUCCAGGAGGAUCCCAACGGAAAAACCUUCACCGUGAGCAGCUCAGUGACCUUCCAGGUUUCCCGGGACGAUGACGGGGCAGACAUCGUAUGCUCUGUGAACCACGAAUCUCUAAAGGGGGCUGACAGAUCCGCCUCUCAGCGCAUCGAGGUUCUAUACACACCAACGGCGAAGAUUAGGCCAGACCCUCCGCAUCCCCGUGAGGGCCAGAAGCUGUUGCUUCACUGUGAGGGUCGCGGAAAUCCCGUCCCCCAGCAGUACCUGUGGGAGAAGGAAGGCAGUGUGCCCCCGCUAAAGAUGACCCAGGAGAGUGCCCUGAUCUUCCCCUUCCUCAACAAGAGCGACAGCGGGACCUACGGCUGCACGGCCACCAGCAACAUGGGCAGCUACAAGGCCUACUACACGCUCAACGUGAACGACCCCAGCCCAGUGCCCUCGUCGUCCAGCACCUACCACGCCAUCAUUGGCGGGAUCGUGGCUUUCAUCGUCUUCCUGCUUCUCAUCCUGCUUAUCUUCCUGGGCCACUACUUGAUCCGGCACAAAGGAACCUACCUGACACACGAGGCCAAAGGCUCGGAUGACGCCCCAGAUGCAGACACAGCCAUCAUCCACGCAGAAGGCGGGCAGUCGGGCGGGGAUGACAAGAAGGAGUAUUUCAUCUAGAGGCGCCCAGCCACCUCCUACGCCCCCAGGGGCCCCGCGGGGACUGCCGGGGCCAUCGCCAACCUGGACUUGUACAGAGCGACCCCAGGGCCGCCCCUCCCGCUUGCUCCCCGGCCCCCCCCACCCCCCUGUACAGAAUGUCUGC